AGGUCUGAGUAGAGAACAGGAAAAGAUGGGAGCAAUUUCGGAUGGCAGAGAACUGGGCAGCGGUAAUUCCGGACAGCUUGGUUGCAAAAAAUUUAGGCGGAAAACAGAGGAACCCGUAGGAGGAACAGUAGCAAUUACAGCAGCCAAACGCGGAACCGGUGCACGGUUGGAGCACGACCGGAAGAAGUGCACUGGAGACGGUGCUGGCCGGCAAGAAACGAUGCUGGCGGCACAAAAAUAAAAGCACAAAAUCUCGCAAAAGAAAAACAAAAAUGAAAUAAAAGAGCUCAGUGGCUCAGAUACAAUGAGAGAAAACAUAAAGAAAUAGCAAGAGAGUGAUUUUUUUUAUAGAUUUUUUUAAUUUGUGUUUUUAAAGUACAAGUUUAAUUUUUUUUAAUAAUAAAUUUGUAUAAAAAAUAUAAGUUAAUGUCAUGA